GAUUUCGCAUUUCAAACUUUGGUCAGCCACUUCAGACGCCGAAACCGCGAUGGAAUUUGUGACUCAGUGGAGAAACUUUUGCACGCAUCGAGUGAUCGGCUAAAAUUUUCUCCUCACUGGGUUCCGUCACUUUCAAUCUUUCUCUCCUCUCACAUUGCGUGACUACUACUUUCUGGCGAUAAUCGAAUUGCCUUUAUUCUCAACACAUACUAAAUUGAAUUGAUUGACUAGAAUCUCAUCACAUGCCACCAUGUCGGCUCUAACAGAAAUCUCCCUGCCAAGCUUUCAAAAGAUUGCCUCCGGCAAAGUGCGCGACCUUUUCGAGCUCCCUGAUAAGAGCACUCUUCUCUUUGUGGCCUCUGAUCGAGUCUCAGCCUACGAUGCUGUCCUCAAGAACGCAAUUCCCGACAAGGGCAAGAUCUUGACCCUCCUUUCAGCACACUGGUUCCAGGUUUUGACGGAGCGCAUUCCUGACCUGCGUACCCAUUUCAUUAGCCUCAAUGUCCCUGAGGGUGUUAGUGCGGAGGAGGCCCAGACCAUCAAGAACAGAUCCAUGGUCGUCAAGAAGCUUUCUGUCAUCAAGAUCGAAUCCAUUGUGCGAGGUUAUCUGACUGGUUCUGCUUACAAAGAGUACAAGAAGAACGGCACCGUUCAUGGCAUCACCGUUGAGUCUGGCAUGGAGGAGGCCCAAAAGUUCAAGCAACCCCUGUGGACACCUAGCACCAAGGCCGAUGCCGGAGAGCAUGACGAGAACAUCCACCCUGACGACGCUUGGAAGGAAGUCGGCGACCGCGAGACUGCGGACCGCGUCAAGGAGCUGUCCCUCAAGAUCUAUGACGAGGCCUCCAAGUACGCCGAAGAGCACGGCAUCCUUCUGGCUGACACCAAGUUUGAGUUUGCCAAGGAUCAGGAGGGCAACAUCUACCUUGUCGACGAAGUACUGACCCCUGACUCUUCCCGAUUCUGGCCAGCAGCCGGCUACAUGCCCGGCCGUGACCAGGACAGCUUCGACAAGCAGUUCAUCCGAAACUGGCUCACCAAGGAAGGACUCAAGGGCAAGGAGGGUGUUGAGCUUCCCCAGGAUAUUGUCCAAGCUACAUCGGACCGUUACCGAGAGGCUUUCCUCAUGUUGACCGGUAAGAAGUUCGAGGACGCCGUUAGCCAGUAGACGGCAGGGUUACAAAAGCGCAUCAAAAAUAAGCUAUCUGUGUAUCAUCAUCUGAACUGAAGAUUGAUUUCCAGCUUGAUGCAAAUGUUGCAAUCGCGUAUAACUACUUAUACGUGUGAUGGCUGACUGCUUUGACCCCCCCUAUUCGUAAAAUCCCUCUCGCUCCUUGACUUUGUUAACUGCGAGUAUGGUUGACCGUUUCUCCAAUGUCCAGCCUACGAUAUUGCCAUUUUGACCCUGGGAACUAUUUUAGUGUUUCAACCGCAAAUGAAGAGGGAACAU